UUCUGGACCGUCACCGCCCGUUCGCGAGUACGGCAGGGCAACUGCUAACCACGACGCGACGCCAACACUUUUGCUAUCCAUGCACCACCACCCUCUUCUCGUAUCGUACGCCGCCACCUCUCUUCGCCCCACCGCACCUUUUCUCGUGACGACCGCUCCACAUGGUACCCUGUGUUUUUCUGCAUGGAACACUAGAAUCCACUGACUGAGGGUAUAUCUGCCUACCCUACCUUACUCUAUGAUACCGUGGGCGCAGUAGCAAACCUUCCAUUCACUACUUUACCGCGCUGCACCGCACGGGCUAGAGCGCACUUUGGGACCGGAACAAAAGAAGGGUAACACUUUCACCAUGGGUUGUUGCGCCUCGCGUCAAACUGGCGACUCAUACCCAGGCGGAAACGCCCCCACCGCCUCCUCUCGCAACAUCACCUCGUCAUCCCCACCACCGCGCUCGACGUCACAAGGUUCAACUUCGCACCCAUCCGCGCUUUCUCCUCCGCUGGUUAAUACACAACGCCGACCCAAUGUUCCUCUGAAACCCAUCGACCCUUCCCAUCGCUCCAAAAUACCCACCAACCUUGUAUCUCCGACAGCGCAGUAUGCGCGACGGACUGGCUUGACGCGGCGACAACUGGAGAAGGAACGAGGAGACUGGUGGGAUACGCGGACGACGGGCCGUGAAGAGAUAUGGGCUGCCCUCCGACUCAUGGUGGAGAGCUUACAGCUCGGACAGGUGGGUGAAGCCCAAGCCCUGCUUGAUGCGACCGAGUGUACAUGUCCAAAUGGAAUGUUGUGGAAGGGUGUUUUCGAUGGGCGUGGUGAAUGGUAUAGAGUACAGGAAUGGGUUGUCAUAGAGCCCGAGGGACUCAUCGACGACGACGAGACUGAUCACGGCCAUGAAGACGAUGAGGACAAUAUCAGCGAUAAAAAGGAGGAUGCCGAGGUGGAAGAGGGAAGCGCUGAAAAUGCGAACAAGGUCAAAGAGAGCAAGGGAAAAGAAGUUGAGGUGCUAGGUGACGAGGUCAAGGUGCUCUGUCGUUUGAGCAACACAGGUGUGGACUACCGGAUACGCAUUUACAAGGGAGAAAAAGUGGCGAGUCUAGUUGCCAAGUUGAAGUCGAAGGCAAGCAUCAACCCCUUUGCUCUGGUCCGUAUCGUCUAUGGUGGUCAAAUCAUACCGGAAACACAACCGCUAGAGUCACAUCCGUACUGGAACUACGAAAAUCGGCAUGUCCUUAUCGCUAUGGUGUUCGAGUAG